UACUUGUCAACAAGUUAAGGCAGAACAUCAGCACCCAGCAGGCUUAUUGCAACCACUCUCCAUCCCUGAAUGGAAGUGGGAGCACGUGACUAUGGAUUUCGUGGUAGGCUUACCACGGACUAUCAGGAACUAUGACGCGGUUUGGGUCGUUGUGGAUAGGCUCACAAAGAGUGCACACUUCUUGCCUAUCAACACUACCUACCCACUUGAGAGGUUAGCCAAAUUGUAUACGGAUGAGAUCGUGAGGCUGCAUGGGGUCCCGGUGACCAUUGUAUCUGAUAGAGACCCACGAUUCACAUCACGUUUUUGGCCGAAAUUCCAGGAGUCUAUGGGAACGAAGUUGAAGUUCAGCACUGCUUUCCAUCCACAGACGGAUGGGCAGUCUGAAAGGCUUAUACAGAUCCUAGAAGACAUGCUGAGGGCUUGUGCAUUGGAGUUCCAGGGGAGUUGGGACAACCACUUAGCACUUGUGGAGUUUGCCUAUAACAACAGUUAUCAGGCAAGCAUCGGCAUGCCUCCAUACGAGGCAUUGUAUGGGAGGAGGUGCCGUACACCGUUAUGCUGGGACGAGGUUGGCAUGGCCAAACUCGAGGGUACUGAGUUGGUGGAGGUCACCAAAUCAAAGGUGAAGUUAAUUCGAGAGAGACUCAAGGCGGCUCAGGAUAGACAAAAGAGUUAUGCAGAUAAGCGUCGAAGAACCUUAGAGUUUAAGGUUGAUGACGAGGUAUUCUUGAAAGUUUCUCCUUGGAAAGGGAUCAUUCGGUUCCAAACCCGAGGAAAACUUAACCCACGAUAUAUAGGUCCAUUCAGAAUUAUAGAGAGGAUUGGGGCCGUUGCAUAUCGUCUACAAUUGACUCCUGAGUUAGAGAAGAUACAUAAUGUGUUUCAUGUAUCCAUGCUUAAGAAGUACGUGCAUGAUCCCUCUCACGUAUUGGAGAAGCCACCUGUAGAGGUACGUGAGGAUUUGAACUACGCUGUUCAACCUAUCAAGGUCACCGAUAGAAAGGUGAAGAAGCUGAGGAGCAAAGAAGUCCCAAUGGUUAAAGUCCUGUGGAAGAGCGAUCGGGUCGAGGAAGAGACAUGGGAAACGGAGGCUUUGAUGAGGAAGCAGUAUGCUUUCCUAUUCGAGUAGAGCUGUGAAUUUCGGGGACGAAAUUCCUGUUAAGGGGGGGUGAACUUGUGACACCGCACCCGAACGUCCUUGAAAAUUCGAUUUAAAAAUUCAAAAGUGAUGUAUUGAAUUUCCGAUUUCAAAGCAAUGGAAGAAACGAUUAAUAUUUUACGAAGUACAUGAUUGAAUAUUGUAUUGUUCAAACCCGCAUUCUUUUGUAAUUUUCAUCGUGUAAAUUAUUGGGAUGAGCCUACACAUAUUGGAGAUCAAUAAUGUGAUUUAGGAAGUUGACUUGCUCUAAAUAAGUUAGAAUGAGUACAAAAAAAGACAUCUUUUGACAAAGAUAAAACAAUAGGACCCAUCUUCCCAUUUUUGGAAGUAUUGGUAGAUAUUUUGGACCCCAAAUUAAAUGGGAUCAUUUGGGAACCAUCCCACAUGACCUUGGUACCUGCAAAGACAAAGAAAAAUGGAUGAGACAACUAUGUGGGGCGGACUUUUGACUCAUGAGCUACAACAUUACAAAAAGGAAAUAAAAGAGGAGGUCCAUACCAUGUUUGAUUGCAAUCAAAUACCCCACCCUUCUUUUUUGUGAACCACAUGCUCUCUUAGCAUGAUUGAGGCCUUCCUAAUACAUUUUCACUACACCCCAUUCGAACUCCCAAGAUAAGAGAGAAAGAGGGAGCCACAUAUUCCAAGGGAGAAGAGAAGAGAGAAGCUGGCCGCAGGAUUCGUUUUCCAGCAGAUAGGGUCUCUUGUUUGAUUCAUAACUUGAGCUUCACUCGUCCAAAUAAGGCGUAUGAUAUACCAAAAGAAAGCUCUCAAGACGAGGAAUCUGUGAAGGCCUGGUUUGCAGGAAUCGGAGUUGUGGAAGGCUUCCAAAUCGUCCGAGAAAAACGCAACCUCGCAGGAGAGGAUUUAAUCUUCUAAAGAAUCGAGUUAGCCGGAAAACACCCGUUCUAGGGGCUGUUUUCGUAUCAACGAUUAAGGGUUGAACUAGCACUUUGAGGAGGCUGUUUAACACUCAUAUUUGAGCAAGGAAUCAGUCCCAAAUCCACCUUGACCAAAGAUUUGACCGUUGGACCAAGAAGGGAAAGUUUAAAGCUCAAUUGAGGUUGAGGCUAGAGCUUGCUUCCUGUGCUCGUUGCUCGAGAGAUCAUAUAGGAGGGAAGACUUGAAAUGGACCGUGGUGGCAGGAUUACUAGGAGAAACCCGACCGGCCGUGUACCAGAGGAGACUGGACAGGGCAGUCGAAGGACCUCUAGGGCAUCUAGAGGAGCUGGCCGUGGAGGCCGAUCACAGACCGUGAGUGACGGUCAUGUCGACACAGAAAGUGAAACCUACUGGUCCUAUGAGGACUCGACUUACCAACCGGGGACCGAGCCGGUUGAGACCCCUUACGAAGGGGAUGACGAUGAUGUGAGCGAUGAAGAGGGGGAGAAUGACUCCCUAGCAAGAAUAGAGGCGCUGCUCCAACAAUAUCACCGUGAGCGUGAAGAGAGGAGGGAACGCCGAAGGCGCCGGGCUGGGCAACCUUCGGGCAUGGCUUCACGAGGAGGAAGUCAUGGUGCAUCUAGAGUCCAUGUGGAACCACGUGGAGGCCAAAAUGAUGGAGGUCCAACCAUAAGGAUCUCCAAGUACAUCAAAGAAGCAAGAGAUUUGGGGUGCAAACCCUUUGAUGGAGCAGGGGACAUUUCAGUGGCAGCACAAUGGAUCAAGAGGCUAAAUGAAGCGGCCCUUGACAUGCAAAUCGCGCCGAAUCUCAAACUGAGAAUUGCGGUAAGAUUGCUCGAGGGGAUGGCAUCCAAGUGGUGGGAUGGAACCAAGAACAAGUACGGUGAGACCGUCGUUUGGGAGGACUUCCAACGGGAGUUCUUUGCCCAAUACUAUUCUGAUUUCGAGGUGAAUAAGAAGGUGAGGGAAUACACCCUCCUAACCUAAGGGGGUAAUAUGUCAGUGAAGGAGCUUGAGUACAAGUUUCGGGAUCUCGCCGACUACAUACCGGAGUAUGCUUGUGACGAGAACCGCAUGGUGAACCACUUUUGGGACGCUCUUGACUUGGAGAUACGUGAUAGGGCAACGCAAUUGCCUAAUAUGACUUUCGCCCAAGUGGUUGAACAAGCAUUGAAAGGGGAGAAACAGUGGGAGGAACGGAAGAAGAGAGACGCCGAAGAGGCGAAGUAGAGAAAAUGGGAGAGUCAUGGCUCCCAAGGUUCCAACAAAAGGGGGAACCACGGAGGAGGAUCUUUCCGGGCACCACCGCCACCAUCAAGGGGGAACCAAGGCCCAAGUGGGCAAGGCUCGAGGUCACAGACCUCAGUGGUAACUCGUUGCAACAAUUGCAAGAGGAACCAUUCCGGUAAAUGUCGCGACCCCCCUAGAUGUUUCCAAUGUGGGGAUGCCGGGCAUUUGAAGGCACAUUGCCCACAACUGGGCGGGGCAAGGACAUCGGGACCAAGUAGUGGCCCGACGGGUACACGGAAUCAGACCGGGGCUUCUCAAGCAAGCAGGGGGCAAGGGGGAGCAAGUGCGAGCAACGCGCCAUCCGUGAACCAAGGGAGGACCCAGGCUAGGGUCUAUGCGAUGACGGAGGCGGAUGCUCAAGCUAACCCGGACUCCGUCGCAGGUUGAGGCUAGAGCUUGCUUCCUGUGCUCGUUGCUCGAGAGAUCAUAUAGGAGGGAAGACUUGGUUCGUGCUUCCUCCAUACUGUUUUUAAACCUUCCUAAACGUGCUCAUGGAUAUUUUACUAUGGAGCCUGCGUGCUCAUGAAAUGCCUUGUGUGGCCUUUUGUUUUAAACAAUGUUUCCGCUGCGUUAUGAAUUACUUAUUAUGUUUGUUUAUGGAUGUGUAUGUGUGAAUGAUACUCGAGACGCCUUGUAUAAUAUGAAUGUGUUGGACUGCGGUUGACUAUUCGUAUUGUACGGCGGGUUGUUGACGUGUCCGGAUAGGUCCGGGGCGUGACAAUAUGAGCCUAAGGGUAUGGGACGCACAUGCCAUAUCAUGAAGAUUGAUUUGUGAAGUGAUCCUUCAGCGGCUAAAUAAGUGAAGACAAAGAGAUCAACAAUAUCUGCUCCAGCACAAGAAUAUGAAUUUCAACACGUUCAAGAUAAUUUCAUCUCAACCAACGGAUGAAAUUAAUCAACCGGAGAAGCCCAUAAAUAGAGGCAGAAGCAUGAGAAUUCAAAUGAAGUUUUUGAGCCUUCUAAGUAGAGAAAAUCUUAUUGAGCAUUUAAGUGAUAUCUAGCAAAAGAGAAAGUGCUUGUUUAGCUUUGCUCUCUGCUUAGACUCAUGCUUCACUAAACUUCCAAGUUAGAACUUCUCAUUGCUAUAUUCUGGAAGUAUAGCUCAUAGUUGGAGGCUAGAAUUUUUUUUAUAUCAUAAACUGUUGUAAACACUUAAGGACAGUGUCUUCUAGUCCUAAGUGUGGUAGAAUAGAAUAGAGUACCUUUUGAUCCCCACUGGAUCAAUUGAGAAAGUCUUAGGGAUUGAGUAGCCUUGAGUGGUGUGUACUCCUUGUGAAACACCUUCGAUCUAGGCCUGUUGUGUGAAAAAGGCUAGAUUAGUCACUAAGUGUAUUGGGUUUAAUACUUUAGUGGAAAUCCAUCUGAAAGAGGGUGGGACUGGACGUAGGAGGAUUACACCACCUCUGAACCAGGAU